ACACAGCGCUCCCGCCAAUCCCGUGCGCUCUUGUUUCGGUGUGGGCACUCAGCAGCCGUUCCCUGUCCUGCCCCCGGCUCUGGGCUGUAGCCGUGGCCGCCGCUUCGCACGAGCGGCCUGAGCCGUCUGGCAGCCUGGCCCCGAGUGGGAGUCACUGAGGAUGAGUCCCCGCGCCGCGCAGCGCGCGUCCCGCCGACCCUGUCCGAGCCCUGUCAUCUAGCGACUGGUCUCCCUCGCAAUUAUGGAGAUUUAGAAGAAUUAGACAGUGUGGAGGGGGAGCCCCCCUCCCCACUCCUUUGAUUCUUGGAAUUUUCUAUGGACAAUAACAAGAUUUUUGUUGUAUAAAAUGGAAAAAUAAGACUUUAAAAUAUAACUUUAUAUUUAUAAAUAUUUAUAUUUUUUGAUUAAGUGCCAAACAUAACUGCAUGAAGAUUCUCAUGGCUGCUGUAUAAACUGAAUUUAAGUACUAGGAGUCAUGAAUUUCCUGCAGCACUGUAUUGUGUCAUAAAAAGGGAGUGCCUUAGCAUUCAUACUGGUUGCUCCUCUUAAUGAGGGAGCUGUUUCAGAAAGGUGAGAAUGAAUUCUAUCCUGCCUGACUGCACUCUGAAGUGUCAUUCCCUGCAGCAUGCUUUAGAUAUUAUUUCUGUAGUUACCAGAGGAAGCGAAGGCCAGAUCAAGGCUUUUCUCUCUUCUUACUGCUACAAUGCAGCAACCCUAAAGGAUACCUUUGGCAGGAAUGUCCUCCAUCUUGCUUCAUCCUGUGGUAAGAAAGGCGUGCUAGAUUGGCUGGCAGACACCAAAGGAGUGGAUUUAUUGGCAAAAGACAAGGAAUCUGGAUGGACAGCUUUGCACAGAGGCAUCUUUUACGGACACAUCGACUGUGUUUGGUCAUUGCUGAAGCGUGGGGUUAGUUUAUACAUACAAGAUAAAGAAGGCUUAUCUGCCUUGGACCUUGUGAUGAAGGACAGACCAGCCUAUGUAGUAUUCAAGAAAACGGAUCCCACAGAUGUCUACACUUGGGGAAACAACAUAAAUUUUACCUUGGGUCAUGGUGGUCAACAGAGCAAACAUCAUCCUGAAUUGGUGGAUCUGUUUCCUAGAAAUGGAGUCUAUAUCAAACAGGUGGUGCUUUGUAAAUUUCAUUCCGUGUUCCUUUCCCAGAAAGGACAGAUUUACACUUGUGGACAUGGUCAAGGAGGACGCUUGGGUCAUGGUGAUGAACAAACAUACCUGGUUCCAAGACUUGUGGAAGGUCUAAUUGGCCAUCAGUGUUCCCAGGUAGCAGCAGCUAAGGAUCAUACUGUUGUUUUAACAGAAGAUGGAUAUGUUUACACCUUUGGCCUAAAUACUUACCAUCAAUUGGGUAUUCUUCCUCCUCCUACUAACUGCAGUGUUCCCAGACAGGUUCAGGCAAAAAAUCUGAAAGGUAGAAUGGUUAUUGGAGUGGCUGCAGGCAGAUUCCAUACAGUGCUAUGGACUAGAGAAGCUGUAUAUACCAUGGGACUGAAUGGUGGCCAGCUUGGAUAUUUGCUGGAUCCUAAUGGAGAGAAGUGUGUAACUGCUCCUCGCCAAGUCUCUGCUUUGCAUCAUAAGGACAUCACCGUGUCCUUAGUCGCUGCAAGUGAUGGUGCUACAGUAUGUGUUACUGAAAGAGGGGAUAUUUACUUGCUCACAGACUAUCAGUGCAAGAAGAUGGCUUCCAAACAGCUUAACCUAAAAAAGGUUCUUGUUAAUGGGGGAUAUUUGGAAUACAAGAUGGAUCCUCAACAUCUCAAAGAAAAUGGGGGUCAAAAGACUUGCAUUCUUGCCCUGGAUGAAGCUGGACGAGUGUUUUGCUGGAAGUCAUCCAACAGUCCUAUGAAGCAGUGUCGAUGGGUCUAUGGCCGCCAAGUCUUCAUGUCUGAUGUUGCUUUAAAUAGGAAUGAAAUAAUGUUUGUCACACAGGAUGGUGAUGCCUUUACAGGAAAGUGGGUAGAAGGAGAGAAAAAAUCUUCUGAAAAGAAAGAGGUUGUAUCAAGUCUUCAGAAUUCCUCAUAUGAUGUGUCUUGUCACUAUGAUACAAACAGUGUAUAUGAAAGAAUUCGACUUGAGAAGCUUGCUUUUGUCCACAGAGCUGUUAGUGUUACCACAGAUCCUAAUGGAUGUAACUUUGCUGUUUUACAGUCAGAUCCUAAAACAAGCCUAUAUGAAAUUCCAAGUGUGUCGUCAUCAAGUUUUGUUGAGGAUUUUGGCAAAUUGUUAGGGGAAACAGAUGAAAUGGACAACAUCCAUGAUGUGACUUUUCAGAUCGGCACUAGGAUGAUCCCUGCGCACAAGUACAUCUUGGCCAUGCGUUCUGACUUCUUCAGGAAGCUGUUCAUUUCAGAUGACAAUCGACUAGACUCUCCAGAUGUCUAUCGUAAAGAUGAAGAUGCUGUAGGAUGUGAUCUCUUUAUGAUAGAGAAGGUUCAUCAAGAUUUGUUUACAUACCUUCUGCAGUUCAUAUACAUGGACACUUGUGAUCUUUUGACUCAUGGUUACAAACCAAGAAUGUUGUAUAAGGAAAAAACAGAAGACUAUCAAGAUACUCUAAUUUCUAACCUUAACAAAAUGAGUUUCAGUGGAGAUGUUAAUGGAAAGUCUGCAUUUGAGGUUUACAGAAGUAAUCAAGUGCAUGUAGUAAAUCAAAGAGAGAAGAACAAACCCAAGUCUUCUAAAAAAGGCAAAGUUGUUGGUGAAGAAGUCAACCCCAUAAAAAUGUUGCAAGGUGCUGCAAAGAAAUUUGGUCUCAGCAAUUUAAGCAUAAGAUUGGAUGGAGUUAAACUAGAAAAUGGAAAAAUUAAUGUUGUCAACAGGAAAAAUGGAAACAAACCAAAGUUUAACCCCAAAAAAUGUUCAUACCUCUGUGAUGUGACCAUGAAAUCUAUAGAUGGAAAGGAAUUCCCUUGUCACAAAUGUGUACUCUGUGCAAGACUUGAUUACUUUCACAGGAUGUUAAGCAGCUCUUGGAUUGAGGCAUCCUGUUGUGCAGCUCUGGAAAUGCCAAUCCAUUCUGACAUACUGCAGGUUAUCCUGGAUUACAUCUAUACAGAUGAAGCUCCUGCAAUAAAAGACUCUCAAAAUGUGGAAUUUAUUUGUAAUGUUCUGGUGGUAGCAGACCAACUCCUUGUAUCUCGAUUGAAAGAAAUGUGUGAAGUAGCCAUUACUGAAAAACUUACUUUAAAGAAUGCUGCUGAGCUGCUGGAGUUUUCAGCAACAUACAGCGCUGAACAGUUAAAACUAUCCUGCUUGCAGUUCAUAGGACUAAAUAUGGCAGCCUUGCUUGAAGCGAGGACUCUGGACGUCUUAAGUGAUGAAGUUUUGAAGGACCUUUCUGUGUCUUACAGAAAAAUGAUUCCAGCUAUGGUCAGGAGAGUGAUUACUCCAUAUCAAGAUGGACCUGACAUCAGCUCUUUGGAGCCUGACGACAGAGAAAACUUUGUCUUCUUGAAAGAAGAAACGAAUACAGAACUAACAUCCCAGGAAGCUCUUCUCAAAAAGGCAAAAACAAGGGCUAAAAAGAAGCCACGAAGACGAUCGGACAGCUCUGGAGGAUAUAAUCUUUCAGAUAUUAUUCAGAGUCCACCCUCUACAGGUUUAAUAAAAUUGGAUAAAGUUAACUCUGUGGAGUCACUUCCAGAAUUGCUGACAUCUGAUUCCGAAGGUAGUUAUGCAGGAGUGAGUAGUCCCAGAGACUUACAGUCCCCCGACUUCACAACAGGAUUUCAAGCAGAUAAGACUGAGAUGAAAGACAAAAUGUAUGUUCAGAGUAUAAAAGCCCCACAUUCUAAUAAAGAGAUGAAAUUAUGUGAGGGAUCAUCAGCACUGAAAAAGUCUGUUCCACAGUCCAUUCCCUGUAUUAAAAACAACUCUGCAAGCUCUCCAAGUUGGGUUGCUACCUCUUUCAGCCCUGCCAGCCCUCCUGCUGUGGAUCUAAGAACCAUCAUGGAACUUGAAGAAAAUAUGCAGAAGCAUGGAACUAUGCCAAAGACAAAUGCAGGUAAACCUGCUUCUCAUGGAAUCAAGCUUUCUCAGAAGCAAAGAAAAAUGAUUGCCAUGGCGGCUAAAGAUAGUGGCUCAGUUACAAACAGCCUGGAGACUACUUCAAUUACAGCCACGCCACCCACACCAACGAGAGUUACAAAACCAGGAAGCGCAUGGGCAUCUUCAAUCCAUUCAGCUUUGCCAAAGUCAUUCCGUGAUCUUGUACUAGAAGAAGAAAAAUCUGUCAGUGCAGGUCAUUCUCCGGGCAUCGUUGUCAAAAAAGUUUGUUUUAAAGGAAUUGAGGAUCCACAAGCUCAAAAGGCCGUAAGAUGCACAAUCAAAGAAGAAGAUCGUGUUUCUGAUUUACUACAACUGGAGAGUCAUAAUCCGUGGUUAGUGACAUCCUUAACUAGCUCUACUGCGAUAGCACCUAUCACGUUUGCAGCAAUUGUAGAGGAAGAGCUCCAGCAAGAAGCUGCUCUUAUCAGGAGCAGAGAGAAACCUUUGGCUUUGAUCCAGAUUGAAGAACGUGCUAUUCAGGAUUUGCUAAUCCACUACCAAGCUUUUGACAACCCUGAUGAAUUUGUUGUAAUUGAAAGGGCUCCACAGGGACCUAUUGCAACACCUUUGUGGAACAAGCACUGAAGUUAAUCCAUCAUGAAUUUCAUGAAGAUGUGUCUACUUCAGAGUUUUUUACUUUUAUUACACGUAGAAUUGGAGUGGGGGGAGCAGUCUUGUAAAUUUAGUAUCAGUGUUAAAAUGCUGCACAUAAUCAGCAUGCAUCUGAUUAUACUAGAGAGAGAAUGCAAACUAUAAUUUGUUAGUGUCCAUUAUUCACACCAUAUAAUGUAUGUAUGUUUUGACAACAAACUGUUUACCAUACCCUGUGUUAAUAACAUUCUAUAUACAAUUGUAGAUUGAAAAUACAUUUGCUUAUAUUAAGGUUUAAUCCAUAUUAGGACAAUAAAGUUUUUGUUAAAUUCACAGGUGAUGGAAAAAAGUAGACGCUAAUUUUGUGAUUAUUGUAAAACUGACAAUUUAAAUUAUGCAUCUUUAAAAUGUGAGCAUUUAAUCAGGAUUGACAAUGACAGAUUAGAAAUAUCCCAAAUUUAUCUUAUCUUAAAUUUCAUCUAAAAAUACAAUUUGGCAAUGCAGUUUUUCCUAACCUCUGAUAUGUAUGUAUGAGUACUGGUUCUCUCAUCUAUUGUGACUAGUACUUUUGACUGUUGCUCUUCGUGGUGAGCCUCUGUGCUGGACUUAAUGUGCUCUGCUACUACCUGCUUCCAGUUCAGUUGUGUGUGUUUUUACACUGUUGUUAGGUUGACCUUUUGAGCAGCCCAAGCUCUGUUAUGGCUUAAAACAAACACAGUUCAGUGGGAUGUGAUAUCACUAGUUGGAUCAUCCAUGAUGUAUUCUGGUAAAUUGGUACAAUUUUAGAACCACCGUGUUAAAGUACAAUAUAUUUAAAGUGCUGAGGAAAUGCAAAACCUGUAUGUUAAAUAUUAGAGUUACAAAGAUGAAUGCUUAACUGUGGAUUUUGAGAAUGCCUAACCUGCAAAGAUUUCAUGGCUGGCUUUUCAGUAUUGUGUGUUCAAAAAGUUCUUUGUGCCUGGUUUCUCUGAACAGAUUUAUAACAGUUGUUUAAUAGCCUUAUGUACAAUAUGCUGUCUUGUUGGUUUGUGUUUGGGUAGUUAAAUGUGGAUUUACCUGUUUCAGUAAUCUCAGCGUUUACAGAUCCUGGGCAAACUGGAGAGGAAGCUUAGAGAAGGUAUACCCAGAUGGAUGUACAAAGCAAUCACUGUGUGAUAAAUUAUUUGAGUCUUGGAAAACAAUGUAGCUGCAUCUAAUGGCUUCAGGUGAGCUACAGUUUAAAAAAAAAAUCAAACAAAUGCAAUAAAAAUUAAAAUCUUGAUUCAGACAAA